ACCAUUCACAAGACCGGGCGUAGCAUUACACGAUGCACACCACCCAACAAUAUUAAUCUCCUUGUGUUCAAGCCUUCUUUCCUCUCUUCUCACUCAUUUAAGGUCAGAAUCACAGUUUCAUCAUCUCCCUUUUUUAGCAAUCGCUUCACGAGAUCAAUGGCCGCGACAUGUUCCACCUCCCCUCGGCUUAUUCUAUGGGACUCAAGCCAGAUUACGAGGCGGGUCGGCUCGGUUGCGAUGCUCAUGCGCAGCCGGAUUCCGAUCAACAGAGUGACUGCGGUCCGGACCCGAUCGUCCUUGAAGAACCAGGUACACACGGUUUUUGAGGAUCAAUGUGAAGGUAUAGUAUGUUACAGAGACGAGAGCGGGGAGAUCAUUUGUGAAGGAUACGACGAGGGCCCGAGAUUCGGCAGAAAGAUUCUGAGGACUACAUACCGCUACGAAGCUAGGGAUGCUGAAAUCAUCGACCUUCUUCAACGAAAUUGGCUUCAGAUUGCAGAAGAUGGAGCAUUGUACAAAGUGGAGGUGGGAGAUAUUCUACAAGAGGACUUGAGCUAGAAUCGCUUUUCAAUGGUGUCUGUUGAACAGAGGCUUAUUUGGUCCAAAAAUGUGAAUUUUUCUUUGAAUGGCCUAGCGAAUGUGAAGUGUAAUGUCAAAAAGGAAGGGAGUUUCCUCUUCAGUUGCAGGAUAUGAAUUACGAGCACAAGCUAUAAUAAUAUUCUCCCAUCAAUGCAA